GACAGAACGCAAAAUAAAAUUUACAAAAAAAAAAAAAACCUAAACCUACUAAAGACUGUUUGAAAACCGGUAAAACAAAUAAAUUAUACAAAACAAAAGUGAAGGAAAAAAAUAACAAAACCAUUUCAAGUGCAAAAUGAAGCUGCUCUUCGGUUUCCUGUUCAUCGCUCUAACUCUCAAUGGCGUUUUGACUUUGCCAGCACGUAAUAAUCCGCAAGAUGACGCCGAGGUAAUUUCCCAGCCACGUCAGCCAUCGUCCGAUCCUGAUUUCCAUGACUUUAAGGGUGUCAUCGAUACGGGCUCUGGCUAUCCCUUCCUACAGCCACAUCCCUCGUCGUUUAAUUUGGGUUUCUUCGAUUCAUUUGAAGACAUUUUCCGCCGUCUGCGUUCUCGUAUCUGGCCUGUAAUUCCAUCUGGUUUUGGUGGAGCAAAUGAUGAUGGAGCCAUUGGCACUGGGGAUGACUCAAGUGAUGAUUCUGGCUCUGGCUUCUCCUUUGGCUUGAGACCAUUGAUUCCAUUGAAUCCUAAAAAUGGAAAUACAACUUCAACAGUUAAGGUUGUCGAUGGUCACAAAGUGGAAAUCAAUGAGACCGUCUACGGUGAUUCAAACAACGUAUUCAAGGUUCGUGUGGUCAAUGUCCGUCCUCUGGCAAGCGGCGAAGAAGUCGCUAAAACUGUGACCAGUAAUCAGGGUGAAGAGGCCAAACCGACUGUUGCUGCCGCUGGACCCAGCACUUCGUCUCCCUUCAAGCCUGAUGAAUACGAUGACGAGGACGAGAACGAUCGUCGUGAACCUUUGGAGAAGCAACCGAAAGAAAAUGAAAUUCAUGAUAUCGAUGGACCUCAGGUAUAAAUCAUAAAAAAAACCAAAUAAAAAAAAAAACGCCUGUAAAUUUCUUUGCGAACAAUGCUUUUAUUUCGAAAACAAUAUCGUUUAGCUCUCUACUAACCGCAAAAACAACUUUAAUUUGUAUAAAUUGAGCAGCUUCUAAAACAACAAAAUGUAAACUUGUAAUAUAUAUAUAUAAACAAUAAAUAUUUCUAAUAUAUUUUUUACAAAUACCAACAAAAACAAAAAUAAUAAACGUUUGCAUAUUCAAACAAAA